UCUGAGGACGAGGAUGGUCUACCAAAGGGGAUCAGUCUCCUGGACCUAAAGGGAAAGGCAGCGGAAGGGAUAUCCCCAGAUGGCGCCUUCCCACUGUAAGGUCCUCCAGGUUAACCUCCAGCACAGCGAAUCUGCAACGGCUCAACUUCGAAGAUGGCUGGAGGUUAACCCAACAUCCAUAGCCCUGAUUCAAGAGCCGUGGAUCAGGAACACACGCAUAAACGGCCUUGGUAAUACCGGAGGUAAUUUAUUUUACAAUACACAUUUCAAACCAAGAUCUUGCAUAUACAUAUCUCGUAACAUAAGGGCACAACCACUAACUCAAUUCUGUUCCAGAGACGUGUGUGCCAUAAAACUCCUCAGAACACAAAACUCAAGUCUACCGGAGAUAGUCCUGGCGUCCACCUACAUGGCGGCGGAGGACGAACCACCUCCAGUGGAGAUGAACAACCUCAUACGCUACUGCGAACGAGAAAGGCUCGAGCUGGUCAUAUCUGCAGACUGCAACGGCCAUCACAACCUAUGGGGAAUGGAAACCAACAACAAAAGAGGACUGGCAGCUCAACACAUAUCCAACUGGCACGUGUCGGACGAGCUAUCCUGCUCCGACCACAGAUGGAUUCGGUAUGACCUGACAGCUGACAUCCAAACACCCACACCUAGAAGAAACCCGAGACGCACGGACAUAGCGGCGUACAAGGAACUUCUGGAAGGUAAACUACACAAUAACACACACACUAACAGACCUAGCAACACAAAGGAAUUGGAGGAACAGGUAAACUUAAUUAUUAAAAACAUAACUGAAAGCUACGAAAACACAUGA